GCCUUCCUCACCUACUGCGCCCGCGACUCGGCGCUCAAGGCCCAGAGCGCCCUGCACGAGCAGAAGACGCUGCCGGGGAUGAACCGCCCCAUCCAGGUGAAGCCAGCGGACAGCGAGGGCCGAGGAGAAGAGCGCAAGCUCUUCGUGGGCAUGCUGGGCAAGCAGCAGAGCGAGGAGGACGUGCGGCGGCUCUUCGAGCCCUUCGGGCACAUCGAGGAGUGCACCAUCCUGCGGGGCCCUGACGGGGCCAGCAAAGGAUGCGCCUUUGUCAAGUACGGCAGCCACAGCGAGGCGCAGGCGGCCAUCGGCGGCCUCCACGGCAGCCAGACCAUGCCGGGCGCCUCCUCCAGCCUCGUGGUGAAGUUCGCCGACACGGACAAGGAGCGCACGCUGCGGCGCAUGCACCAGAUGGCCGGCCAGCUGGGCAUCUUCAACCCCAUGGGCGUCCCGUUCGGCGCCUACGGCGCCUACACGCAAGCGAUCAUGCAGCAGCAGGCGGCGCUCGUGGCGGCGGCGCAGGGCACCUGCCUCAACCCCAUGGCGGCCCUCGCGGCCGCCCAGGUGCAGCAGAUGGCCGCCUUCAACGUGGGCGGGCUGGUGGCGGCGCCGCUCGCGCCCUCCUCAGGCGCCAGCACGCCGCCCGUGCCCAGCAUCGCCGCCCCCGUCGGCAUCAACGGCUUCAGCGCGCUGCCGCCGCAGGGCAGCGGCCAGCCCGCCUCCGACGCCAUCUACGCCAACGGCAUCCACCCCUACCCAGCGCAGAGCCCCGGYGUGGCCGACCCGCUGCAGCAGGCGUACGCGGGCAUGCAGCACUACGCAGCCGCGUAUCCGGCCGCCUACGCGCCCCUCGGGCAGCCCUUCGCCCAGGCAGCGCCCCUCGUCCCGCAGCAGCAGCGCGAAGGUCCCGAGGGCUGCAACCUGUUUAUUUAUCACCUGCCCCAGGAGUUCGGGGACRCGGAGCUCACGCAGAUGUUUUUGCCUUUCGGCAAUGUCAUCUCCGCCAAAGUCUUUGUGGACCGUGCCACGAACCAGAGCAAGUGCUUUGGUUUCGUCAGCUUUGACAAUCCGGCCAGCGCCCAGGCGGCCAUCCAGGCCAUGAAUGGCUUCCAGAUCGGCAUGAAGCGGCUAAAAGUCCAGCUCAAGCGGCCUAAAGACGCCAACAGACCCUACUGACCCGCUCACCCCGGCCCGAUCAAGAGGCUGGGCGCCCCGCGGUGUCCGAAGAGUAUCCCCCUUCCCCCGUGCAGUAUCCCGACUUGUAGCUCUCUUUCUUUGCAACGCAUCCCGGAGCAGGAUGAGGAGGAGGAAGAGGAGGA